AUGGAAGGGCAGCCGCCUCCGCGGUGUUCCUCCAGAAAUGCAUGCGACCCCUCGUCUCGCCACCACUCGCGUUUCGAGACGGUCCAGAUCGCCAAGGCCGCCAUAACCGUACUCGGAGCUGGCUCCGAGUACGGUCAUCAUCACGUGACCCGCUGGGUCUUACCAUCUCCGUCCAAAGUGCUCUCUAUUCUCUCAACACCCUACUUAGAGCCUGAGACGUAA